ACCUAUCACGUCUCCUCAACGUCACCUGAAGGCCUUUGACACCUGCCCCCAUUGUCGCCCAGCUCUAUCGCGCGUUCUGCGAGCUGAAUUCACCAUGGCAGAAUCAGUGCAGUCACCGAUGUUUGCGCCUUUCUUCGGAAUGGCCGGCAUUGCGUCCGCAAUGACAUUCGGAUGUAUUGGGGCUGCGUAUGGGACCGCCAAGUCGGGCAUUGGAAUUUCGGGCGUUGGGACAUUCAGACCAGAUCUCAUCAUGAAGUCACUUAUCCCGGUUGUCAUGUCAGGUAUUAUUGCGGUUUACUCGCUCGUCAUCGCGGUCUUGAUAGCAGGUGAUAUGGGCCCACCGCCCCAGCAGAAUUACAGCUUGUUCAACGGCUUCAUGCAUCUAGCGUGUGGUCUCUCCGUUGGUUUAACCGGGCUGGCCGCGGGAUAUGCGAUUGGGAUUGUUGGAGAUAUGGGAGUCCGAACAUACAUGUAUCAGUCGAGAAUCUUCGUCGGUAUGGUUCUGAUAUUGAUUUUUGGAGAAGUAUUGGGUCUCUAUGGUCUCAUUGUUGCUUUGAUCCUCAAUACGAAGAGCAGAGGAUAGGCGAAUUCGAAGCUGUACAACGGGAUGAUUAAAGGGAACAAGAGAAGGCACAAUAUCAGCGCGGAUGUUG